CACCCGCUGCCCGCUGAGGUCCAGUUCUUUGGAGAUAAGUUGGACCGGUGGAUCAGCUCGUUUAGAAACCGUUUCAUGCACAGAUUUAUCAAAUCUCCCGCCUUCUUUUCAUCCCUGUUUGGAGAGAAAUUGUAGAAAAACUUGUUUUCACUCCAUCAGAGUCGAUGGCUGCGAUCGCUCAGCGCAGCUGCCUGUGGAUGUUGCUUGCGGGAACAUGCGUGUUGCUGGUGGCUGGGACAGACUGCGGGACGGAGUGCGCACGAUGUGUGUACGGUCUGCAAGGACAGGUGUCUGCUUUCUCUACUCAGACAUGCUCUCUUGAGUGUGAAGGUGUGAUGGACACUCAGAGGCUUCGCAUGUGCAAGGACUUUUUAACUACGAGUGAUGAUAGUGUUUCUGUGGAUGCUGAUCCCCUUCAACAGCCAAGCCAGGAAGAUGUGGAUGCAAUGAUGACUGAGGAGGCUGUCCAUCAAAUUGAUAAAAAGUAUGGUGGUUUCAUGAAACGUUAUGGAGGUUUCAUGUCUCGUCGUUCAUCAUCUGCCCAGAGGGCACUGAAUAACCUGGAGAACCACAAUGAGGUAGAGGACACUCGACUGGGAAUCUUAAAGAUCAUUGGUGCUACAAAAGCUCAUGACAUGGAGGAAAGUAGGGAUGAAAUGGAGACAGUGAACAGGUAUGGAGGCUUUAACCACCAGAUUAAAGGCAAUCUUCUUGAGGCAGUUUUGGGUCAUGCUCUUAAAAAGCGCUACGGAGGGUUCAUGAGGCGGGUGGGAAGGCCUGAAUGGCUUGUGGACUACAGCAAGAAUGGUGGAGCUCAAAACAUGUCUGGGGAAAAUGGAAGUGGGAGAAAAAAGAGGUAUGGGGGCUUCAUGGAUUAGGAGCUAAAGUGAUAACCUCUUGUUGUGGAAAUUUCUUCUAUCUUAAGAUAAAGACACUGAAACAUUAAAGUGAC